AUGUGGUACGUGGUUGCCCUCGUCGUGUGGGCAACGAGCACUUCAGCUGAUUUCAACUGCAGUGAAGCUCCUGGCAAAGACAUGCAAACGACAUGUCAGAUGAUUCAAGAAUGGGACAAAGAUGCUCGAAAGGCCAUAACACGACGACAAGCAUUCGAAAGCAAUAUCGGUAAGUGCAAAUGGCAUAAAUUGAGUAAAGAGAUCCGAAACCUGUAAUA